AACAAACCCAAGUUUGGUAUCACGAAGAGUCACAGAUUCCGUACAUCAAUACAUACAUUCGGCGCUUCUCUCUCUAUUUCUCCCCCCCCCCUCCCUCUCUGUGCACACCACGCGCUAUACGCGGUUUUGUGGACGAGCAGUCUACCUCGCCCGGAUCUCCGUACAUCGGGACGGGAAACGAGAGACGCAGAGAGGAAGAAGAGGAGAGAGAACGAGAGACGCAGGAAAAAAACGAACAAAUUCAGUAACGUUAAGUAGUCUCUCAUUCUUUCUUCUAUUGUGAUCGGGGCGACGACCUGUUUACUCACCUCCAUCUUCUCCUAUUCUUCCUCUGACUCCAGGUAUUGCCUAGACAGGAGGUCGAGAUAAACCAUGGUUCUUGACAGCUUAUCUUCUCCACACAGGAGGUCCCAAAACCCAUUUUCCUCAUCAUCAUUGAGAAAGCAGAUCCAGGCCCGUGAAGAGUUGGGUAACUGUUCAACUCUUCUCCAGCGGCACCGCUUUCUGCUCACGAUGCUUGUGCUCCUUGCGUUCCUCUGCACAGUGUAUCUCUACUUUGCUGUCACCCUAGGCACCCCGGAAACAUGUUCAGGCUUGUCUGGAACAAAGAAGGCUCUGUGCAAGUUGGAGGAGGCAAAAGCUUCUGUAGCCAAAGGAAAAUUAAAAUUCUUCUAACAGAGCGUCUUCCAGUCCAGCUCAAAAUAAUAUUUUGUUUGUUAUGUGAUUAUUUUGGGUUGUUCACAAGCUCUGGAUGCCCCUUGGUCUUUACUUACACAUCAAUUAUACCAUGAAUUUUUCUAUUCUCGCUUUUCCCUGUUUUCAGUGGAUGAUGGGCUGGAACAUUGUUUUCUCAAUGGUUGUUUAUUAUGAAAUUGUAGUAAAUCUCUGGCAUCGGUGAAACAUUUCUGUUUUUCUUCCAAAUAUGAUGCUAAUUCCUCAAGCUAAAUGAGCAAUCUGUUGUGGGUUUA